AUGGUUUCUACUAGGUCUACUUGUAUUCUCUCCAUUUUGUUUUUUGCUCACAUAGCAGCUGUAUCUAUCAAGAAUUUUCCUAAAAACAAUGCUGCCGGCUUGGACCUCUUUCAAGGGGACAUACUAUUGCGGAACUCCAAAAAUGGCUUGAGAGACCCCACCACCAGAUGGAAGUUCCCCAUUCCUUACAUUCUGGCUGACAAUCUGGAACUGAAUGCCAAAGGAGCCAUUCUCUAUGCUUUUGAAAUGUUCCGCCUUAGGUCCUGUGUGGAUUUCAAGCCCUAUGAAGGAGAGAGCUCAUAUAUCAUCUUUCAGAAAUUUGAUGGGUGCUGGUCUGAGGUUGGUGACCAACAUGUGGGACAGAACCUUUCCAUAGGCUCUAGGUGUGACUACAAGGCCAUCAUCCAACAUGAGAUUCUACAUGCUUUGGGAUUUUAUCAUGAGCAGUCAAGAACUGACCGGGAUGAUUAUGUGGACAUCUGGUGGGAUGAAAUUCUUUCAGGUCACCAGCACAACUUCAACACCUACGAUGACAAUUUCAUCACAGACCUCAACACACCCUAUGAUUAUGAGUCUCUGAUGCAUUAUGCUCCUUUCUCAUUUAAUAAGAAUGAAAGUGUUCCUACUAUCACAACUAAAAUCCCUGAGUUUAAUUCCAUCAUUGGCCAACGCCUGGACUUCAGUGCUGUUGAUUUGGAAAGGCUGAACCGAAUGUACAAUUGCACUGCCACUCACACUCUGUUGGACCAUUGUGCUUUUGAGAAGACAAACAUUUGUGGUAUGAUUCAAGGUACCAGAGAUGAUGCCGACUGGGUUCAUGAGGACAGUACUAAGCCAGGACAAACGGAUCACACCUUGACAGGAAAAUGCACAGGGGCUGGUUACUUCAUGCACUUCAGCACCAGUUCUGGAACAGCAGAAGAGGCAGCUUUAUUGGAGUCACGGAUUCUUUACCCAAAAAGGAAGCAGCAGUGCCUGCAGUUUUUCUAUAAAAUGACAGGAAGUCCAUCAGACAGACUUGUCAUAUGGGUCAGGAGGGAUGACAGCACAGGCAAUGUUCGAAAGCUGUUUAAGGUGGCAACGUUUCAAGGAAGUGAGGACCAAGAUUGGAAAAUUGCCCAUGUAACACUCAGAGAAGAAAAGAAGUUUCGCUAUCUUUUCCAGGGCACAAAAGGUGACCCUCAGAAUUCGAAUGGAGGAAUUUACCUAGAUGACAUCACUCUAACAGAAACCCCAUGCCCCACAGGGGUUUGGACUGUACGGAAUUACUCCCAGGUUCUUCAGAACACUGUUAAAGGGGACAGGAUCCUGAGUCCUCCAUUCUGUAACUCAGAGGGCUACUGUUUUGGCUUGACCUUAUAUCCUCAUGGUAGACCUGAAUACAGUAGCUCAGACUAUACAGGACUUUCUUUUCACCUGUGCAGUGGGGAGAAUGAUGCUAUCCUGGAGUGGCCAGUGGAAAACAGACAGGCGAUAAUGACAAUACUCGACCAGGAACCCAACGCCAUGAAUAGAAUGUCUGCUAGUAUGGCGUUCACGACAUCCAAGUCCCAUACAACAGUAAAUGGCUCUGUCAUCUGGGACAGGCCAUCGCUUGUGGGAUCCUAUGAGUCAAGCUGCAAUUGUUAUAGAAAUCCUGACUGGGGUUGGACUAAUUUCAUCUCCCACCAAUGGCUGGGAAGGAGGAGUUUCCUUAAAAAUGAUGACCUUAUAAUGUUUGUGGACUUCGAAGAUAUCACUCACCUUAACAAGACUGAAGUUCCCAUUAAAGGUACAAGACUGACCCCUCAAGGCCUCAUUCUCCACAGUGAGAAGCAGCAAACAUCACAAGAAGUCUCAGAAAAGGUCGUGCCUGAGGAAGUCCUGCCAGGCAGUCUGAUCCAAGAGAAUCCGAGGAGACAGAAACGGUCAGUAGAGAAUACAGGUCCCAUGGAGGACCACAACUGGCCACAGUACUUCAGAGACCCAUGUGACCCGAACCCAUGCCAAAAUGAAGGCAUCUGUGUGAAUGUGAAAGGAAUGGCGAGCUGCAGGUGUGUCUCCAGUCAUGCCUUCUUCUACACAGGGGAGCGCUGUCAGGCCAUGCAAGUGCACAGCAGCAUCUUGGGCCUGAUGAUUGGAGGCACAGCUGGAGUGAUCUUCUUGACUUUCACCAUCAUCUCCAUCAUUUCCCAAAGGCCAAGGCAAUGACCACCUGAUGGCAUCAGCAAUGCCCCAGAAGCACAUCCUUCAUUCAAACCUUUUCCUCACAUCCCACCAGUUAGGAAAGGCUUUCAUGAAACUGGCUUUGAAUAAGAUUUGGCAGAUCGAGGUCUCCAAUCCUAUUAUGACCAUGGUGGUUUUCCUGCCUCCCACCUCUAAAUGGUUUUGUUACCCUGCUGUGUGCUAUGAAUGUAUGUAUUGUGUUAUUUGACAGCACUCAUAUUUUAUUAUAAAUUGCCCAUUAAAUCUACCAGCCCUCGGUCUCUCUGUCUCUCUCCCUCUCCCCUCUCAGCUUCUCUUUAUCUCUAUUCAUAAAUAAAUAAAUAAAAAUAUUAAAAAAAAAACCUACCAGUCCUCCCAUAGAUUGUAAGCUCCAUAUAGGCAGAACAUUAUUUCCCUUGCUGGCCCCAGUAGGUAUACCUUACUGACAUUGUGUGUACUAAGUAAUAAUGAAUGUCUGGACCAAUAAAUGAUUUAA